AGCCAACAAAGAGCUGGCAGUCAAAUGAAGAAGAUGAGCAACAUUUAUGAGUCAGCUGCCAAUACGUUGGGAAUCUUUAACAGCCCUUGCCUGACCAAAGUUGAGCUGCGUGUGGCAUGCAAAGGCAUUUCUGACAGAGAUGCUCUUUCCAAACCAGACCCCUGUGUCGUCCUCAAGAUGCAGUCCCACGGGCAGUGGUUUGAGGUUGACAGAACAGAAGUGAUUCGCACCUGCAUAAACCCAGUGUAUUCAAAACUGUUCACUGUGGACUUUUACUUUGAAGAGGUGCAGCGUCUGCGGUUUGAAGUUCAUGACAUCAGCAGCAACCACAAUGGGCUGAAGGAGGCCGACUUCCUGGGUGGCAUGGAGUGCACACUUGGCCAGAUUGUUUCCCAGAGAAAACUGUCUAAAUCCUUGUUGAAGCAUGGAAACACAGCAGGGAAAUCCUCCAUCACGGUGAUUGCAGAAGAAUUAUCUGGCAAUGAUGACUACGUUGAACUUGCAUUCAAUGCACGGAAAUUGGAUGACAAGGAUUUCUUCAGUAAAUCUGACCCAUUUCUGGAAAUUUUUCGUAUGAAUGAUGAUGCAACCCAGCAACUAGUACACCGAACUGAGGUUGUUAUGAAUAACUUAAGUCCAGCCUGGAAAUCAUUCAAAGUAUCAGUCAAUUCUCUAUGCAGUGGAGAUCCAGACCGCCGGCUGAAGUGCAUAGUGUGGGACUGGGACUCCAAUGGCAAACACGACUUCAUUGGAGAAUUCACAUCGACAUUCAAGGAGAUGAGAGGAGCAAUGGAAGGCAAACAGGUGCAGUGGGAGUGCAUCAACCCCAAGUACAAAGCCAAGAAGAAGAAUUAUAAGAACUCAGGCAUUGUGAUUUUGAAUCAGUGCAAGAUCCACAAGAUGCAUUCUUUCUUGGACUACAUCAUGGGUGGCUGCCAAAUCCAGUUUACAGUAGCUAUAGAUUUCACAGCCUCAAACGGGGACCCCAGGAACAGCUGUUCCCUGCACUACAUCCACCCUUACCAACCCAACGAGUACCUGAAAGCCUUGGUGGCUGUGGGGGAGAUCUGCCAAGACUAUGACAGUGACAAAAUGUUCCCAGCCUUUGGGUUUGGUGCCAGGAUACCCCCAGAGUACACGGUCUCUCACGACUUUGCAAUCAACUUUAAUGAAGACAACCCAGAAUGUGCAGGAAUUCAAGGAGUUGUGGAGGCCUAUCAGAGCUGUCUUCCUAAGCUCCAGCUUUACGGUCCUACUAACAUCGCCCCCAUCAUUCAGAAGGUUGCCAAGUCAGCAUCAGAGGAGACUAACACCAAGGAGGCAUCGCAAUACUUCAUCCUGCUGAUCCUCACCGACGGUGUCAUCACAGACAUGGCCGACACCCGGGAGGCCAUUGUCCACGCCUCGCACCUGCCCAUGUCGGUCAUCAUCGUCGGGGUGGGCAACGCGGACUUCAGUGACAUGCAGAUGCUGGAUGGAGAUGACGGCAUUCUUAGGUCACCCAAGGGAGAGCCUGUCCUUCGAGACAUCGUCCAGUUCGUGCCCUUCAGGAACUUCAAACACGCAUCUCCAGCUGCCCUGGCAAAGAGCGUGUUGGCUGAAGUCCCAAAUCAAGUCGUGGACUAUUACAAUGGCAAAGGGAUUAAACCAAAAUGUUCAUCGGAAAUGUAUGAGUCUUCCAGGACACUAGCACCGUGAACUCCACAUACUUUUACAGAGUUCUGAAAUACUAUUCCUGCUAAUAUUUAAUACUUCUACUACUCCUGUACUUAAAAAACACACAGACACACUUACACAUUUAAAAAAUAGCACGUUUUGGUGAUUUUUAACUGACGAUUUUUUUUGCAUGUGUAGCCCUGAGGCCUGGAUCUGUUAAGCUCUUGUAUUGUUAAAGACUUUUUACAAAGAAACAUGAAAAACUAUAACUUACUCUUUACAUUACAGCAUGUCGCCUUGAAAUAAAAUGUUAUCUGUAUCUGUUUUUUAUACAGGUUUGUUGAAAUUUUGCUAAAUUUCUUAUUAUCUUUACACUGUAAAGCAUUUUGACACAUUUAUUGAACGUUGACAGCCAAAACAUAAUUUGGUUUUAUCUGUUACAGGAUGAGAGACUUUUCAAAAUGGCAGAUGCAUGGACUGUAUUUUGCAUGUUUAAAAUAAAAAAAAAAAACCCACA